AUGGCAGCGGUACUCAAUAGAAGAUUACCCCAGGAGGGUACUAGUAUUUGCGAUCCUAGAGAAUCCCUCCCUGAGCUCUCCAGCUCAGGCUGCCCCACGUAUUCUGGGGGGGGGGCAAGUUUCCGCGCUUCUAUUCCACUAGGGGUAAAAAAAACUAACCACCUUUCGGCCAACUGUUCCACACUACUAUCAGUGGACUUUUGUAAUAUCAGGGGAUUAAAUUCGAACCUCGAGGCUGUACACCACCAUCUCGAGACAGCCAAGCCGGCCCUCCUCUUUUUAACGGAGACUCAAAUAUCUUCUCCGGCUGACACAUCUUAUUUGAAUUACCCGGGCUAUGUUCUGGAACACACGUUUGUUCCGCGCGCCGGAGUUUGUGUAUACGCCAGAGAAGAUAUUUGCUGUCGUCGUUUGGGUAACCUGGAAGGUAUUGACCUAUCCUUAUUGUGGCUACGAGUAGACUGCGAUAACCAACCCCGCGUCUAUGCGUGCCUGUAUAGGUCACACAGCGGAAACACCGAAACUGACAGACUCAUCGAGAAAAUUCAAACUUCGAUCGAUAUUCUGCUCCAAAAGAUUCCAACGAUCGAGAUAGUGGUUUUGGGUGACUUUAACGCUCAUCACGCUGAAUGGUUGUGCUCACGCAAUACUGACCAUGCAGGACGUUCUUUCCGUGACUUCGCCUUGGCCUACGAUCUAACACAACUGGUCCCCUCGCCCACAAGGAUACCUGAUGUCGAGGACCACACUCCAUCUCUGCUAGAUCUAUUUCUAACUUCCUCUCCAGACAACUACAAAGUGAGCGUCGCAGCCCCUCUUGGAUCUUCCGAUCAUUGUCUUAUACAGAGUACAGUGCCUCUCACAUAUCAAUUUCGGUCUCGCCCAGCUACUACCCGACGUGUCUGGCACUAUGGGUCGGCGGACUGGGAUGGGAUGCGCACGUUCUUUUCCUCCUACCCAUGGAGACAGGUCUGCUUCGCAGAUGAAGAUCCCGAUGCUUGUGCUGACUGUGUCGCUGAUGUUGUGCUACAGGGCAUGGAGCUUUUCAUCCCGAACUCUGUGGUACCUGUCGGCGGCAAGUCACAGCCCUGGUUUGGGCAAUCUUGCAGAGAAGCAUCUCGAACGAAGCCAGAUCGCUAUCGAAACUGGGCAGAAGCUCUUGCUGCGGAAGAUCCUGAAGCUAAGCAUCUCAAGAAAUUGUACAACUCUGCCUCCAGAUCACUAAAGAGGAAAAUCGCUGAAGCAAAGUCAAGCUUCAUCAACAGAAUUGGUAAAAAGCUGACACAUUAA